AAGGGAUAAAAAGAGGGACUCUGCGCCAUGAGGCUAAACCCGCAGUAAGGCUGACUUUACCGGCUGGUAACGAAGGCAACGCACGGAGUAAUUUAUAUAAAGCGAAAUUCGAUAUCAGCGUCGUAAUACUGUCUUAAAUUCCACACCAGCAGCCGCCGUUAACGAUGAUGAACGGACAGAUGAACGGUUUUCAUAACUCCCUCAUUGAUGAGGACUGCUUCUUGUUCACCUCUGAGUCGGUGGGAGAAGGACACCCCGAUAAGAUCUGUGAUCAGAUCAGCGAUGCUGUUCUUGAUGCCCACCUGAAGCAGGAUCCUGAUGCCAAAAUUGCAUGCGAAACUGUUGCCAAGACUGGGAUGAUCCUCUUGGCAGGAGAAGUGACAUCACGUGCCAUAGUGGAUUAUCAGAAAGUAGUCCGUGACACCAUCCGCCAAAUUGGAUAUGAUGACUCUUCCAAAGGCUUUGACUAUAAUACCUGCAAUGUUCUUGUUGCUUUGGAGCAACAGUCUCCUGACAUCGCCCAGGGUGUUCACAUUGACCGCAAUGAGGAAGACAUUGGUGCUGGGGACCAGGGCUUGAUGUUUGGAUAUGCCACAGAUGAGUCAGAGGAGUGUAUGCCUCUGACCAUUGUCCUUGCCCACAAGCUGAAUGCGAAGUUGGCUGAAUUGCGCCGUAACGGCACUCUACCAUGGCUCCGACCAGACUCCAAGACACAGGUGACUAUCCAAUACCGCCAGGACCGUGGUGCCAUGCUCCCAGUACGUGUGCACACAAUCGUCAUCUCUGUCCAGCACGAUGAGGACAUUUGCCUGGAGGAGAUGAGAGAUGCUCUGAAGGAGAAAGUCAUUAAAGCUGUUGUUCCGUGCAUCUAUUUGGAUGAUGACACCAUCUACCACCUGCAGCCCAGUGGGCGGUUUGUCAUCGGUGGCCCACAGGGAGAUGCUGGCCUCACUGGACGUAAAAUCAUUGUUGACACUUAUGGGGGCUGGGGAGCCCACGGUGGUGGAGCAUUCUCUGGGAAAGAUUACACAAAGGUGGACCGCUCUGCUGCCUAUGCUGCUCGCUGGGUGGCUAAGUCUCUGGUAAAGGCUGAGCUUUGCAGAAGAGUUUUAGUCCAGGUGUCCUAUGCCAUUGGCGUUGCCCAUCCCCUGUCCAUUUCCAUCUUCCACUAUGGGACAUCCCACAAGAGUGAGAGGGAGCUGCUUGAUAUUGUGAAGAAAAACUUUGAUCUCCGCCCUGGAGUGAUCGUCAGGGAGCUGGACCUGAAGAAGCCCAUUUAUCAGAGGACAGCAGCCUAUGGCCACUUUGGCCGUGACUCCUUCCCAUGGGAGGUGCCCAAAAAGCUUGAAUUCUAAACUUGUUAAGCUUUUCCCCCUCAGGCUUGUUGGCGUAUACUACAGAGAAGCCUCAAGUUCCAGGGGGUGAAAUGCCUUUAUCUCUCAUGACGCAUAACUUCUCCUUCACUCCAUUUUCCCUCUUGUCUUGUUACUGUUUUAUGGUAUCAUACUGGGUCAUAGAUAUUUGAUGUUUCAUGAAUUGGAUGGGUUCAGUGAACCAUGCACCAUAGUACUUGAUGAUCUCUCUUGUCUUUAGGUGUCCCUGCUUCUUGUGGUAGACCCGAGUGGCUGUUUUCAAUUGCUUAUUGUGGCAUUCCACACUCCAAAUCAUUAUUGUUGCGUUUGCAUAUUAGGGCAAAUUUAAUACACCUCUUAAUUUACUGGUGCUACUGAUAAAAGGAGUCAAUUUCAAGGAAAUCUAAAGUCCAGUGAAGUGUAAUUUGCUAGUUGUGGGAGCUGUCACCUUCCUAAACGGCUUCUAUUUAAACUUAACAUUCCUCCUUUGUCAGUCUGGUACAGCAAUUCCUUGACCCGGUGUUCUCUUUAUGAUGGCUUUAUUCCCUCGUUGUUGUGGAGGAUGCUAGAAUGGCACAAUCAAACUUUAAGGGUUGUUUGUCACUAAAAAUGCUAUGCAUUGCAGGCUUAGGGGUGUUCCAUGUUGUAAUUAUACAAGCUCAAAAAUGAGCCGUAACCCCCAGAUGCUUCUACAGGCCUUGGCUGUUUUCUGACGUAAUACAGAAAAGUCAGAAGCUGCUAUGUCACUGCUCUGGUCUGCAGAGGUAUUGAUUAUACUUGAUGGAAAAUUGGAUUGAUUUAUGCAUUGAAAUUCAAUUUUUUUUUUUAAAGCCCUUUUUAAAAUAUGUUUUAUGGUUUUGAGGUGCUAAAAGCGCAUUACCCCACAAGUGUAUUGAUGGCAGGUGUAGCUACAGAGAAACCUGGAAUACCAUCUUUAUCCUUUUAGUGGGGUGUGUUCUUUACCACAUCGUAUUGACUAGGAAUCCAGAGUCAACACUAUUUAUUUGUUCUCUUAAACUCGGCGUGGAUACAGAGAAGCUGAGGUUUAAGGAGGCAGCUUUAAACGCAUUGAAUCUUGAAUUCCUUCUGACUUGAUCAUUUUUUCAGUGUUUUGCUUGAGGCCCCAGAGUGUUCUACAGAAAAGCUUUGGUCUGCCUCGAGAGGAAAACGUGUCACUGGCAACCAUUAAAGACUGUUUGUUUUACAGCCAUUUUUAAUUUUUUUUACUACAGAUUUGAGGUUUGUUUUUAAGUCCCCUUAAUGUCUGGUGCAGUUUGUUUUGGUUCUUCUCUAUCCUCAAUAGGUUGGCCAACAUUUGGUUGGUGUAGUACAGAGAAACCAGCCUUGUUUACACAGCCAUCCUAGUGUGUGGGAUAGACUUUUUUUUUGUUCCCUUAACCACUUAAGGGUAUCCCGUUGGCGACAGUAAGUUAAGAGUGCCUUUUCUAUUUUCCUCUACUCCCUAUCUGCUUCUCUUCGACAUGCUUUCAACUUCCAGAGGAACGACUAGCUCAUUUCUGUUAUAAAUCAUGUCUGCUGGGUAGUUUCUUUAUGCUCUGUAAUAAACAACUACUCCAUUUGAAA